AUGGGAAGAAAAUGCGAGUUCUACACCUGUGGAAAUCACGAAGGUAAUAAAAGUGGUGAUGGAAAAUCAUUUUUCCGGUUUCCAAGAAACGAAGCGCUAUGUUCCUUGUGGGUGAAAGCUUGCAACUCUCAAAAGGCAACGCAAGCGUUUGAAACGGAUGGAGUGCAAGCAUUCCGGAAGAAAAAAAUGUGUUCCGACCAUUUUUCACCAGGUUCAUUUAAAGAUGUAGCUAGGAAAAGUAAAGGACUGGUGUCCGGCACCGUCCCGAUUACCUGCGAAGGCUUCACAGGUAGCAAUAAGGACAAGAAACAUAACGGAACGAAAAGUCCGGAACCGAGCGUUGAAUUCCUAGCUGACGAAUCAGAUUUUAAAUUGUGUGAGAUCGCCGCAGACGUAGGGCCGUUCUGUCAGGAGCCUAUUAGUGAAUGCCCUAAGCUACUGGAGGCGUCCCCUGCCAGGCGAUUUUAUACCAUACCUGAUGAUGGACCGAUCGAGUUAUUAGAACAUGAUGAUGGACAGUCUUUACUAGUAUCAGAGUUGGUAUUUUCUUCUGAACAAUGUCCGAAGACAAUUAGCGACGACGAACAGCAGAACAACGAACAGCUCUCCACCGAGUUACAACGUUGUCAUCACAGGUCGACCAACAACGAAGAAAAUCAGAACUCCUUCGGCCCAGUCGACGAAUGCAACCGACUGCAUCAAGACAUCGGAUUACGGAAUCGUAUCAAAGUUGAAAAGAAUAUUAAUCGGAAACUCAAGUUGAAACUCAUGUCAGUUCGUCGUCAGCUUUUCGUUUCUACGCAAACUAGUAACCGACGUUUAGAAACAGCCAAGAGAAGAAAAGGAGUGGUUGUGGCACUAAGAAAAGAGAUGAAGGCAUUAAAAAAACAAAAAUCUGCGACGGAAAAGCUUGGGGAACUAGCUGCAGCUAAUCCCAUUAUAAAAGAUUCGUUGAUCAAUGCCUCUCGACGUCCCAUGGCCCGUCGUUACCAUCCAGCAACCAUUAAAUUCGCCGCAGGAAUCUAUCUCAGUGGCCCUCGCACAUACCGUUACAUAUGUAACACAAAGCAAAUAAUACUACCUCAUAAAAGUACCGUCUACGACUAUAAUAAGAACAUUCGUCUAGAGCCGGGUAUAAAUAAAACCAUUCUCAGUCGAAUCAAAGACAAGACUAAGUGGUUGCGGACCAAACGGGAAAAGAUAGUGAUGGUAUGUGUGGAUGGAAUGUCUGUAAAACCUGAACUGACUUACUGUGCCAAAUCCGACACGUUUUAUGGAUUUCCGGACCAUGGCAUUACUCGCAAGAUCGAGAAGAACGAUCCCACAAAAUUGGCAACUGAAGCUGUAGUCGUUAUGGUCUCUGGACUAUACCGCAAAUUUAAACAGCCAAUCGGAUAUCUUCUAGCGCAUAAUAGCCUUGGAAGUGAAAUUCAAAUGAAACUUGUGGUAAAAAGUGUAAUAGCUAUUCGUGCUGCUGGACUGGAUAGCCCUGGUGAUGGACCAGUCUACAACCAACCAAAAAAUGUUUCGUGA